AUGCUUACAUUACAUUAUCAUGUUAGAUUUAAACUUGAAAUACUCGUAUACGCUCAUAUUGGUUGUUACGUCUGCGACGAAUGCGCGAACCCUUUCAGCUCUCAAGUGACAGGAGUAUCAUUAAAUACAGAGUGCCGUUUUUGUAAGACUACACUUACUUAUAGUAAGAAUAUGGUGACAAUAAAUAUUGCAAAAUCAUGUGGUCAAAUGAAUGAAACUUGUGUAAAUAGAUACAUUGCUUGGUAUAAUACAACAACGGAAGAAAAUUGUUGUAUUACUGACUUAUGCAAUGCAUCUAAUGUUCAGUUGUCAAAGUCAAUAGUUGGUCUUUUCAUAUCUGGCUUAAUUAUCUUAUUAACUUGUUAA